AUGGCAGCGCCCUUAACACUACGAGGGUCUGAAGGAAUAUGGAUGACAUAUGGGCCACCAAACCUGGGCUCUGCUCCAACUUUCCAUGGAGACCAGACCAACACAUGUAGAGCAAUGACCUUCAGUUUGGAUGGCUCCCUGCUUGCUUGGUGUACUGCAGAAAGCAUCUCCAUUGUUGAGACGUCAAGUGACAGGCUGGUGCAGAAGAUCGAGAUAUCAAAGGUUGUUCAACUCCAGCUGUCUCCCCAAGGCAACAUUGUUGCUGCCUGGAAACACUACUCAGUGGACCCAGAGACGAAGCAGGGUUCAUCCAACUUGAUACUGUUCAACACCAAGACAGGAGAGUGUGUGAAGGAUUUCAACCAGAAGAAGCAGACCAACUGGCAAGUGCCCCAGUGGAGCCAGGAUGAAGGGAUCUGUUGCCGCAAUGUCAACAAUGAACUGCACUUCUUUGAAAACAAUGAUUUUGAAAACAUCAAGACAAAGCUACAUUUACAGAAAGUAUCGGAGUUUGAGCUGGCACCGUGUCCUGCCCCUUACAUACUGUCUGCCUAUGUUCCCGGAGCCAAGGGUCAGCCAUCAUUUGUGCGUGUAUACCAGUACCCAAACUUUGGAGGUCCAUCUGCUGCUCUGGCCAACAAGAGCUUCUUCAAGGCCGAGCGUAUCAACAUGGUCUGGAACAAACAGGGCACAGCUGUUUUGAUCCUGACGUCCACAGAGGUGUCUGACUCUUCCUACUACGGGGAACAGGGCUUGCACUACAUCAGCAUUAAAGGAGAGAGCUGCUUGGUCCCUCUGAGUAAAAAUGGCCCCAUCUACAACAUUACCUGGAACCCAAAUCUGAAGUGCCAGGAGUUUUGUGUGGUUUAUGGCUACAUGCCCUCUAAGGUGUCCAUCUACAACAUGAAGUGUGAGCCUGUAUUUGACUUCGGCACCGGACCGCGCAACAUGUGCUUCUACAACCCUCAUGGAAACAUUCUUUGCUUGGCUGGAUUUGGAAACUUGAAUGGAAAUUUUGAAUUCUGGGACCUGAAGCAGAAAAAGCUGAUUUGCCAGAUGAAGGCUCAGGACACAACCUCCUUCGACUGGUGUCCUGAUGGAGAACACUUUGUCACAGCAACCACGUCUCCACGGUUACGAGUUGGCAACUGCUACAAGAUCUGGCACUACACUGGGACUUUGAUGGCCCAUCAGCCCACCAAAGAAGGCCAUCAACUGUGGGAAGUUAUGUGGAAACCAGUGCCUCCUGGUGUGUAUAAAGAGAAGGCUGUCCGCUACAAGGCUGUGGAGUCUUCUGCUGAGGUAGAGCAGCCAGCAGCCAAGGUUGGUGUAUAUCGUCCACCUGGAGCCCGGGGGGAGGCUGCUAGCUUCAAGCUGCAUGAGUUUGAGGCCCCAACAAAUGUGAAGACUGACGCCGGACAGGAUAAACCUACGGGUCAGGCUCUGAAGAACAAGAAGAAACGGGAUGCCAAGAAGGCCAAGGCAGAGCAGAAAAGGAAAGAGGAAGAAGAGGGUGGAUCCAGUGUGCAGACCUCUUGUCCCCCUCAGUCAGCACAGCAGGGGGGUAGGGUUGGAGGGAACGGAGGGGGUGGUGCAGGACCAUCCCAGCAUGCACCUAUUGACCCAGAAUUGGACAAACAGAGGAGGAAGAUCAAAAAGAAGUUGCAGCAGAUUGAUAAGAUUAAAGAUCAGCAGCGUGAUGGGAAGCAGUUGGAGAUAAAUCAGCUAGAGAAGCUGAAGACCGAGGAAUCUCUUCUGGAAGAACUCAAGAGCCUCUCAGUCAGAUGACCUUCCGUCUAGGUCAAGGUUAGGAACAUCAGAGUACUACCAUGAUAGACGAGGCUCAUUCUGGAAAGCCUAUUGUUUUUGCUGUUUGUUGCCUUGAUCUUUCAUGUGUGUAUGUUUCAAUGUUUGUUUACCUGAAGAUUGAGUAGGAACUGCUCUGAUAUUCAGCUGGAGGACAAAAAGUAAAUUAAUAUAAAUUCAUGCAAGGAGGCAGUUUGAUUAAAAGAAUUAAGACAGUUCAGUUGCUAGCAUGAGGUACUUGCUGGCUCAUCACAUGCCUGUGUGAGCAGCAUGGGUCCAGCCAUACUUGGCUGACUCUAGCAGUUCUUGGUUAUCAAUAUGAGACGAUCAUAUUUUAAGAAAAAUAAAAGUAGCAAUAAAAACUUCAUUUCUUUUGUAGUUAUUGUGUGCUAUUUAUGAACAGACAUAUUUUGCCAAGGUGAAAAAAAUAAACACAAAAAAUGCUGUUAGAUUAAAAAUAUGUGUUUUAUGGCUUUUGGUUUAUAUUUUUGUUUCUCAUUAUUUGAAGAAUAUUUGUCGUGUUGUAAACUCAAAUCUACCUGACCAGAUUUGUUCGUUUUAGUUUCUUUCUGCCUCUUGUUGUUUUGAUCCAUCUGUCAGACAUGGCGUUAUGUUUGUUUAGCUAAAAUCAUAUGUACACUAAUACCACCAGAUAAGAACUAUACAGCAGCAGCGACUGUUACUGCACAGUUUAUCAGAGUUUGUUAAUGUGAUUUGUUUCAGCUGUUUAUGGGAGGAAGAGCAGACAUUUCUGUUUUGUCAUAUUCUGUACCAUAAUGUACAUAAACCAGUUGAGAUAAA